UGAUUAAGUUUAACUAUAAUUAGUAUCUAAAUUAUAACUUUAAUAAAAUCCUGUUGUUGAAAGUGUGAAACGAUGUCCGAAGAUGUCUCUAUACUCUGAGAAACUGAAACAGAAUCGUAAAAAAGAUGAGGAGGAGAGAAACACAUUAGACAGAACGAAGUGCAUGGCAUUGAAAUUUAAUGAUGAAAAAGUAAUUCGAAGAGAAGAUAUAUGGGAAUUUUUUAGAAAACUGAAUAUUGUAUUCGACACUGUGGACGGAUUUGUACUUACGUCCAGGUACACGGUGGACUUAACAUUUAAAACAAGAGCAACAGCUAUUGAUGUGGAUAAGAAAUUAUGGGAGCUUAAAAAAGUAGGUGCAGAAACACUUCCUUUUCAUAGACUUUAUGUACCGGAAAAUGUGGCAGUAUUCGUACACAAUGUGCCAUGCCCAAUGGAAAAUAAAGAAAUUAAAGAACACUUUGAAGAAAAUCACGGAACAAUAGGAGAAGUACUUAUAUUGAAAGAUAGGUUCAACAUGAAAAAUGGCAUACGAAGAUUUUUUAUAAAAAAAGACGAUUUAAUGAAAAAACCAAUUCAAAGUUACGUAAAAUUAAAAGGACAUUCACUUUUUGUCAGAUAUUGGGGGCAGACCCCAACAUGUCGUAUUUGUGGCAAAGCUGGCCAUAUAAUGAAUAAUUGUGAAUAUUUCAUUCCAAAAUUAGAAAGAUAUAAAGACACAGGACAAAGAUCACCGAAUCCAGAACAGACCAAAGUUGACGAAACUGAAACCAAACAAGUAGAAAAAAACAAAAUUGAUAAUACUGAAAAUAACAUUAGUAAAAAACAAUUGAUAAAUGAUAAUCCAACCCAGAGCACUCCCGCGAACGAAAUUAGUGAAGAUCACAGUGAGAAAUCAUCCAUAAGUCCAACCCUUUUGCCAGAAAUGUUUGGAAAUAUGUCUGACAUCAGUGAGGAUAAUAGUGAGAUAAUUACAUUGAAUAAAGAAGAGGAAAUGCAAUCCAAUACAGCAGAAAAAACAAUUUUGUAUUUGUUAGAACCUCAUACACAAAACCAAGGUGAAAAUUCACAGUUAACCGUGGACAAGUCUUCUUCUAUUGAAAGGUCACCACCAAGAAAAAAGAAAACAUCUAGAAAACAAAAGAUAAUGACUAUGAAAGAAGCUAAAGAUUAUAUACACAAUAUGAGUGAAUAAAGUUGUUGUUAAAACGUCAAAUCUACUUUUAAAAAAAAAAA